UGAGUAUUUCUCCUCAGUGACACUUUACUGUCGGUACGUUCACAGCUGAGGGGAAGUACAUCUCCAUCUAUCAUCAGCUCCUCUGUCAUGGCUCCAUCAGUCCUCCUCCUCCUCGGCCUGCUGAGCUCCACCGGCUCGCUGCCUCCUCCAAGAACCUCCUUCCUCCUCAACUCUGCAGAUCGACCUCUGGUCCUCUUCAGCCUCCCCGAUGUCCACAACACAACCACGCUGUUGCUAAGCGACGAUGGAUCCACCCUGUACGUAGGGGCCCGGGACGCCAUCCUCUCAUUGGACGUCAGUCAGAGUGACAUCAUCCACCUGAAGAAGAAGGUGGAGUGGAGUCCAUCUGAGAGCGAAAUAAAUGAGUGUCAACUUAAAGGGAAGAACGCAGAGGUCGACUGUCCGAACUUUGUGCGUGUUUUGCAACCGAUAAACUCCACCCACCUCUACGCCUGUGGCAGCUACGCCUACACCCCCCAUGAUGCCUACAUCGAUGCAGAAAGCUUCUCCAUGGUCCAACAGGACGAAGCUAAAGGCCGCUGUCCGUUCAGCCCCUUCCAGAGGAACACCGCCAUCACCGUCGACGGCGAGCUGUUCACCGCCACAACAACCGACUUAAGAGGAACCAAACCACAGAUUUCUAGACACUUCAGCAAAGAUGGCCGCCCAGACGUCAGCCAGGACUCGUCUCUCAGCUUACUGCAUGAGCCAGUGUUUGUCAGCUCGUCGUUGGACUCGUCAGACAGGAAACUCUACUUCUUCUUUAGUGAAGUUGGGAAAGAGUUCAGCUUUGUAGACGAGUUGCGAAUUGCCCGGGUGGCCCAAGUCUGCAAGGAUGAUGUUGGUGGAAGGAGCACUCUGCAGAAGAAGUGGACGUCCUUUGCCAAAGCCCCUCUGCUCUGCCAAUCUCACAGACAGCUUCCCUUCAAUGUUCUCCAGGACGUGUUCACCCUCCAGCCACCAGAGGGCACCGACGCCUCAGAGACUCUGUUCUACGCCGCCUUCACCUCUCAGUGGUCCUCAGGUCCAGAAUCUGCCGUGUGCGUCUUUAAACUGCAGGACGUCAGGGCGGCGUUCACUGAGAGCUACAGGACCUUCAACUUGCUGACCCACCAGUGGAGUCCACAGCUGGGAAAACACUCCUACCUGGGAAAGUGUGGACUGGACAACGCUUCAGAUAGUGAAUUAGCAGAGGUGAAGAGGAGUUUCCUGACCAGCAACAGUGUAAAACCGGUCGGAGUCGGUCCACUUGCUGUUUCUUCGGGGCAGCAAUACAGUCGUGUGGCUGCCAUGAGGACUCAGGCAGCCGACGGAAAACAGUAUACGGUCCUUUUCCUUCUGACAGAGUCCGGAUUCCUCCACAAAGUGGUUUUGCUUAAUCGGGGUGCACACAUCAUCGAGGAGAUUCAGGUCUUCACACAACCUCAGCUGGUCAAAAACAUCAUCCUCUCCCCGUCCAAGGGAGUUCUGUACGUGGGGACAUCGGAGGGGGUGACUGCUGUUCCUGUUGCCAGGUGCUCGAUCUACAGAUCCUGCAGCCAGUGUGUUCUGGCCAGAGAUCCUCUGUGUGGAUGGAGUCGGACCAGCAGGGUCUGCACGGGUCUGGACAGUCAUGAGAACAUGGUUCAAGAUCUGGAGGAUGGCAACGUGGAAGAGGAAUGUCUGAUUCAAACCCGGGUCAGCCUGGACACAGAAGUCGGUGUUCAUUUGAACGAAGCAGUGAGGCUUCAGUGUCAGAAGCCUUCCAACCUGGCCACUCUGACCUGGACAUCCCCCCGAUUCAGAAACCUGCCAGAGAAACUCUUCAUCCUGUCAGCUGAUGGCAGUUUGAGCUUCCUCGCCACCGCCGACACCUUCGGGAUUUAUCGCUGUGAAGCGGUGGAAGGCGGGUACAAAGAAGAAGUUGCAAGCUAUGCUGUCCGACAGAUUGCUUCUCCUCGCUCCAUGAGCCCGAAUCCAAUAGCCGGUGAAAACCAUGUGGCCAACAACAUGUUAUGGUUUUGGUUGUGGUACUUCAUGUUUUAGUUCACAUAUCACUUUGUGUCUGGAUAUUUGUCGUUGAUUAUGUUUUGUCCCUUUAUGCAUUCAUUCAGUGUUGUCUGUUAUACUUUUUUGUCCUUGUGUUUUUUUGUGUGCCUUGGUCCCUAUUUUGUUCUAAAUAUUUACUUCCUGUUUUUGUAUUUACCUUGGUUUGAUUGUUUGCACUUGACUCUUUUCCCUAAUUGUGUCCUCCUGUGCCUCGUCUUGUCACCUCCCUUUUUUGCUAGUUUAUGUUGUCGAGUGUCUCCUCUGAUUAAGGACUACCCUGUUGUAGUGUGGAUUUCA